CAGGCUGAGGCCGCCAUGGAGCAAUGUGCAUGUGUGGAGAGAGAGCUGGACAAGGUCCUGCAGAAGUUCCUGACCUAUGGACAGCACUGUGAGCAGAGCCUGGAGGAGCUGCUGUGCCAUGUGGGCCAGCUGCGGGCCGAGCUGGCCAGUGCAGCCCUCCAGGGGACCCCGCUCUCAGCCACCCUCUCCCUCGUGAUGUCCCAGUGCUGCCGGAAGAUCAAGGACACUGUGCAGAAACUGGCUUCGGACCACAAGGACAUUCACAGCAGCGUGUCCCGAGUGGGCAAAGCCAUCGACAGGAACUUUGACUCGGAGAUCUGUGGCGUGGUCUCUGAUGCGGUGUGGGACUCGCGGGAGACGCAGCAGCAGAUCCUGCAAAUGGCCAUUGUGGAGCACUUGUACCAGCAGGGCAUGCUCAGUGUCGCCGAGGAGCUGUGCCAGGAGUCAACGCUGGACGUGGACUUGGAUUUCAAGCAGCCUUUCCUCGAGCUGAAUCGGAUCCUGGAAGCUCUGCAUGAGCAAGACCUGGGGCCCGCGCUGGAGUGGGCCGCCUCGCACAGGCAGCGCCUGCUGGAGCUCAACAGCUCCCUGGAGUUCAAGCUGCACCGCCUGCACUUCAUCCGCCUCCUGGCCGGGGGCCCUGAGAAGCAGCUGGAGGCCAUCAGCUAUGCCCGGCACUUCCAGCCCUUUGCUCGGCUGCACCAGCGGGAGAUCCAGGUGAUGAUGGGCAGUCUGGUGUACUUGCGGCUGGGCUUGGAGAAGUCCCCCUACGGCCACCUCCUGGACAGCAGCCACUGGGCAGAGAUCUGCGAGACGUUCACCCGGGAUGCCUGCUCGCUGCUGGGACUUUCUGUGGAGUCCCCCCUCAGCGUCAGCUUUGCCUCUGGCUGUGUGGCACUGCCCGUGCUGAUGAACAUCAAGGCGGUCAUCGAGCAGAGGCAGUGCACUGGGGUCUGGAGCCACAAGGACGAGCUGCCGAUUGAGAUUGAACUGGGCAUGAAGUGCUGGUACCACUCCGUGUUCGCCUGCCCCAUCCUCCGCCAGCAGACGUCAGACGCAAACCCCCCCAUCAAGCUCAUCUGUGGCCACGUCAUCUCCCGGGAUGCACUCAACAAGCUCAUCAACGGGGGAAAGCUCAAGUGUCCCUACUGUCCCAUGGAGCAGAAUCCAGCGGAUGGGAAGCGCAUCAUCUUCUGAUCCUGACCUGGAAGGAGCUGUGUCGGCAGGGUUUUGCCUGUGAGCCUUAGCUGGUCUUGGGGAAUGG